AUGAAAGUCAGGAAAUUAAGAGAAUUUUAUUCCACUAGAAGAGUUGCUUCUCAGACUACUGUCUCUCAACCUAAUUCCCAACUGAAUGUUCAUCAGAAUGCACAACCUAUUGCGCAAACUAAUGCCCAACCUACUAAACAACCUAAUGCACAGCAUACUGAUCAACCUGACUCUCAACAUAAUGACCAAACAAAUGAGCAACAUAAUAACAAACAUAACGAACAACCUAAUAAUGGCCUACCAAAUGAACAAUCUAAUGACAAAAUUAAUAUACCAAGUGAAAUGCCAAGAUCAAUAAGACAAUUAUCAAAACCACUUGUAAAGGCGCCGGGGGAUGUCGAAUGUGGUAAUCCUAAUUGUAGAACGAAAUAUGCUUCCGCCUGGCGAACGAAUCCCGAGAUUCCGGAAGGUGGUUGGUUAUGUAAUGCUUGUGGUAUCUUCAUAAGAACAAAAGGUGUUCACCGACCACCUGAAGUAGUUGGUCGUGUAUAUAAGAAUAAUAUCCUUGCACUACCGUUCAUUGAUGAACCAGUUCCCAGGAAAGAAACUCUUCGCAAGCGUAAAAAUCCAGAGCCUGAAUCAGAUGACCGUACACCAUCAACAUUAAAUGUAGUAACUAGGCGAAGAAAGUCUCAACGCAACGGCCAUGGAACGUCAUCCGAUCCCGAUGCUGUUGAUGAUGAAGACAUAGUUAGAUCAGAAUCUUCACAAGAUGAUGUCCUUAAUGUCCCAACUAAUGAGGAGGAACCUUUACCCUGGGAACGUAAAGAAUUUUUGAAAUGUGGUUUAUAUUCAAUGGACCUCAAAGUUGGAAGAAGAAGCUCCAGGAGUAAAGAAAAGGAAUCCGAAAACUCCAUCACUGAAAUAUUUCCUCUUCCAGUUCAAUACGGCAAAUUUUUGAUGGAAGAAAAAAGGAAUUUUCAUUUGACUUGGGACAUUAUAACUGCUCACAAACAUAUAUAUGUGGAUCGUAAAAGAAAAAAUGAAGAGCCAGUUAUAUGUGACUGCAAACCGCCUCGGAAUGGUGGGCUGGGGUGUACUGAAGACUGUUAUAAUAGGGUGAUGUUUUAUGAAUGUUCACCCAAGGAUUGUCCCUGCGAGGAACAAUGCACAAAUCAAAGAUUCCAAAGGAAGGAGUGUGUGAAGGAAUUGGAGGUGUUUAAGACAGAAAAUCGUGGAUAUGGACUUCGGACGCUUGUGGAGACUCCAAAAGAUCAAUUGAUCUUAGAAUAUCGAGGCGAAGUGAUUUCGCACAGUACGGCCCUUAAACGAAUGGAAACUAAAUAUAAGUACAGAAAGAGCAUCUAUUUCCUUGAUUACGAGAACCGAGCAGUUGUAGAUGGUGGAACACGGGGCACGGAAGCUAGAUUUAUUAAUCAUAGUUGUGCACCAAAUUGUCAUAUCGAAAAAUGGAGAGCACCAAAUGGCGAACUUUUUAUUGGAGUAUUCGCAUCAUAUAACAUUCCAGCCAUGACAGAAUUAACAUAUGAUUAUAAUUUUUCCACCUUCGGCGGGGCCGAAGGACAGGAAUGCCUUUGCGGGGCAUCUAAUUGCCGAGGAAUAUUGGGUGGAAAAAAACAAUUUAGAAAAUAG